GACCCGAACACAUUUACAUGCAUCAAAAUUACAAGUACCGAAGGAAGAUACGAGGCGAUACGGUCACGGCCACGCCCGGAACGUAUAAGGUCACGUACUCUGUCACCGACUCGAACACCGGUCGGUCGGGAUUCAGAUCUAGGGCCGUGAUUAUUAUUACUUAAGAGAGAAGGUGGUGGGUACGCAAAGGAGUGAUGAAUGCCGAAUCCAUCGCCGAAUACGUCACCAAACUCGGGACCGAGAAUCGAGAGUCUCGGGAAAAAAUCGAGCAACUCACGAAGCUCCUCAUGCAGGCGAACGAUGAACGCGUCGACGCCCUCGAGGAAUUGAACGGGUUCCGCGACAAGAAGCGAUAGAAGUCUGUCUACGAGACGACCACCAAACCCCUGAUCGGCGACGACGACGAUUACGAUUCCGCCGAGGAUUCGGAUUAUGAGGAGUCCGAGGAGGAGUCAUCCAAGGACGACGACGAAUUCUGCACCACGCAGAACAAUGAUAUCUACGAGAUGCUCAUCGACCUCGCCGAACAAUGGCCGGGUUGGCGCAUAGCCCUGCGCCGCGCGGCCGACGCGGUUUUCUACCUGCCGUACGGCAUCACGAGCGCGCGCGAGCUCGUGCAGGGCCCCAACAAAGUUUCGGGCAUAGGUCCUAAGAUUGCGAAGAAGACAAAUGUUGAUGGCCCUCCAUGCGGUUUUCCGGCUCGUGAAUCUACCACAGCAAAAAUGUUCGCUUCUGUCCGGUGUGCUGCAGUGGUAUUUAACUUAUGUGUCCAGCACGUUCUCUCGAGCACUUGACAAAAGCUGUGGUUUGCUUGAUCUUCGGCAAGAUAGCUUCUGCUUGCAAAUACCAAGUUCGAGCCACUGAGGUUGAAUCGUCCCCAUACAUCGCAUAAACGAUGAACUCAAAACAGUGGGUGGCGGCUACCUUCUGUUCUACAUCUGUGCCCAUCAUUAGGGCUUUCAGGUUUUGCAGGACCCGCAGUUCUAUCUGGCCAAAUUGAGCACCUUUCAGCACAAAACUUGCACAGCAGGAGUGCGUUUCUGGUCGGUGCACAG